CACUUUAGUACUUACAUAUAUCUUCUUUGGUGUUUAUUAUAGCCAAAAAAAUAUGGAUAAAAUAAAGAGAACAGAAGAAGCAGUAGAAAUUGAUGAGCAAAAAUGGGUUAAUGAUUCUUCCUUUGAUCAUAAAGGAAGAGUUCCUCUGAGGGGUUCAACUGGUGUCUGGAAAGCCUCUCUCUUCAUUAUUGUAAUUGAAUUCAGUGAGAGACUGAGUUAUUUUGGAUUAGCCACAAGUUUGAUUAUAUACUUAACAAAAGUGAUCCAUCAAGACCUCAAAACAGCAGCAAAAAAUGUCAAUUACUGGUCUGGUGUCACCACUUUGAUGCCAUUGCUUGGAGGAUUUCUGGCUGAUGCUUUCUUGGGAAGAUUCUCCACAGUUCUUUUCUCUUCCACUGUCUACCUCCUGGGCUUGAUUCUCUUGACAAUGUCUAGAGUGAUCCCGAGUUUGAAACCUUGCGACACUGACCUAUGUCAUGAACCUAGAAAGGUUCACGAGGUGAUCUUCUUCCUCGCGAUCUACUUAAUCUCAAUUGGUACCGGAGGGCACAAGCCAUCUCUUGAGAGCUUCGGAGCUGAUCAGUUUGAUGAUGACUAUCCCGAAGAACGAAAGAAGAAAAUGUCCUUUUUCAACUGGUGGAAUUUCGGACUCUGUUGUGGACUACUACUUGGUGUUACUCUGAUUGUUUAUGUACAAGACCGCGUUAGCUGGGCUAUGGCGGAUUUGAUCCUUACACUAGUAAUGGCUUCUAGUAUAGUCAUCUUCAUUGCAGGUAGACCGUUCUAUCGUUAUAGAAAGGCAACUGGAAGUCCCUUAACACCAAUGCUACAAGUGUUUGUAGCUGCAAUUAGAAAAAGAAAUCUUCUUUUUCCUGCCAAUCCUUCUCAUCUAUAUGAAAUUCCCAAAUCAGAAACUAGGCUUUUAUGUCACACCGAAAAGCUCAAGUUCCUUGAUAAAGCUGCAAUUGUUGAUGGCACACAAGAUUCAAUAGUACAGCAACAGAAUCCAUGGAAACUUGCUACUGUGACUAAAGUAGAAGAACUGAAGUUAGUUAUCAACAUGAUUCCCAUUUGGCUAACAACAAUACCAUUUGGAAUUUGUGUAGCACAAACCGCGACAUUUUUCAUCAAACAAGGCGUGACACUAGACAGGAAGAUAGUUCACAAUUUCGAAAUCCCCCCUGCCUCAAUAUUCGCAUUAGCUGCAAUUGACAUGAUAAUAUCCCUCAGUAUCUACGAGAAAAUCCUCGUGCCUAUCCUAAGACAGGCAACAGGAAACGAGAGAGGGAUUAGUAUCCUCCAAAGGAUUGGUUUUGGAAUGAUCUUUUCUGUUUGUACUAUGAUCGUUGCAGCUUUAGUCGAAAGAAAAAGACUGAAUCUUGUUCACAAAAAAAAUCCACUUGAAGGCUCGAGUUCAAUGAGUGUGUUUUGGCUAGCACCACAAUUCCUUAUAAUUGGAAUAGGAGAUGGAUUUACCUUAGUUGGAUUACAAGAGUACUUCUAUGACCAAGUGCCUGAUUCAAUGAGAAGUUUAGGCAUUGCAUUCUACCUAAGUGUAAUUGGUGCUGCAAAUUUUGUUAGCAGCCUAUUGAUAACAGUUGUGGAUAAUAUCACACAAAAAAAUGGCAAGAGUUGGUUUGGCAAGGAUCUGAACAGUAGUCGUCUAGACUAUUUCUACUGGUUGUUAUCUAUCAUUACAGCAGUAAAUUUGUGUGUCUAUGUCAUUGUUACGAGAAAUUAUUCGUACAAGAAUGUUCACUGUAAGUCAACUAUGUCUGUAGCUGAUUGCAACGAUGCAGAUGAUCGCGAAGCAAUGGCUUAGUACAUGUAUAUUUGUUUGCUCUAUAAGUUUUAAUUUUUAGUAUGUUACUGAAAUAGUAAUAAUCUCAGUGUAAUCUGACAAGUUUAAAGGAAAUAAGAAAAUUCC